CACACACACACACACACACACACACACACACACACACACACACACACACACACACACACACACACAUCGCUUUGCGCGGCUUUUCUGAGUGUUACGGCGCCCUCCUUCCGCCCCCGCGCGGCGCGGGCGGGGACCCACCGGUUCCGCUCGGCACUAGCAGCGGAGACAGGAGGACCCCCGGGAGCGGGAUUCCAGCGUCCGGUCGCCCAGCCCGGUUCAGGCUUAGGCCCGCAUGGAGGGGACUGCGGAGUCUCAGACGCCUGACCUGCGAGACGUGGAGGGCAAGGUGGGCAGGAAGACCCCUGAAGGGCUGCUCCGCGGGCUGCGAGGCGAGUGGGAGCCGGGAACCUCUGGUGCCCUACUGCUCCCCGGGGCGCCUAGCAGGGGCCACGGCCUGGGGGACAAGAUCCUGGCGCUGAAGAUGGAGCUGGCUUACCUGAGAGCCAUCGAUGUGAAGAUCCUGCAGCAGCUGGUGACCUUGAAUGAGGGCAUCGAGGCGGUGCGCUGGCUGUUGGAAGAGCGGGGGACGUUGACGAGCCACUGCAGCAGCCUCACUAGCAGCCAAUAUAGCCUGACAGGCGGGAGCCCAGCCCGCUCAAGGCAAGGCAGCUGGGACAGCCUUCCAGAUACCAGCUCCACUGACCACUUGGACAGUGUCUCCAUUGGCAGCUUUCUGGACACGGUGGCCCCCAGUGAGCUGGAUGAACAUGGCUCCCUCGGGGCUCCCCGUCCUGAGAUGGACUGGGCUAAGGUUAUACCUGGUGGGGAGAGGGCCAGGACUGAGGUGGAUCUGACAGCCACCAGGCUAGGGAGCUUGAGGGCUGUGUGGAAGGCCUCAGGGGAGGGCCUUCAAGGUGGACCUCCUGAGCCAGCAGAGGAUGAGAGUGGCAAGCUGGGCUUUGAGGCCCACUGGUACUGGGGGCAGUGCCAGGAUGAUGUGACCUUCUUGUAACAACUUUUUCACCCUUUAGUGGCUCUUUACUAGGCCCUGGUCUCCCUUGAAAUGUAUUCUCCCUCAGUGUGGGAUUAGGAAGAGGCUACCUUGAAAUCA